AAACUUUUGGUUUGUGCGCCAAGUAACGCUGCCGUGGAUGAGAUUGUAAAGCGGUUGAAAGAUGGUAUAAAAACCGCAGAUGGUGUUGUGCGUCUCAAUGUUGUCCGUAUCGGUGUGGCAGAUUCUGUCAAUACGAGUGUGAAAGACUUGGUCAUGGAUAGACUGAUUGAAAAGGAGUUGGGUGCCAAUCUGGAAGACCAAAAGACCAACAAGGCGUGGUCCCAGCGUCGUGACAAGUUGAACGAUGAACUUCGUAAGAUUAUUCUGGAUAUUGAAGAAGUUAACCGUGAGUUAGCCGAUACAAAAGAUGUUGUAAGUUUGGCCACUUUGCGAGAUAAACGUAAGGGUCUGUCGUCCAAACGCGACAGUGUCAAAGUCAUGAUCAAGGAUGCGUAUGAGGAUCAAAAGGACUUUACACGAGAUAUGGAUGUUUCUCGUAUACGUGCACGCCAAAAAGUGUUCUCUCAAGCUGAUGUUGUGUGCGCCACAUUGAGUGGAAGUGGUCAUGACAUGUUGACUACUAUGGGUGUUACAUUUGACACAGUUAUUGUUGAUGAAGCAGCGCAGUCUAUUGAAAUCAGUACACUGAUUCCCCUUAAAUACGAUUGCCAAAGAUGUAUUCUUGUUGGUGAUCCUAACCAGCUUCCUCCGACUGUACUAUCUCAAUUUGCGGCGAAGUAUGAUUAUGAACAAAGUCUUUUUAUGAGACUGGAGAAUAAUGUACCUGGUGGUGUGCAUCUGUUGAGUAUUCAAUAUCGAAUGCAUCCAGAUAUCAGUGUUCUUCCUAGCAAACUAUUCUACAACUCAAAACUUCACGAUGGCCCAAAUAUGUCCACUAUUUCUGCCGCCCCUUGGCAUUUCAAGGAUGCAUUUGCGCCGUAUAGAUUUUAUAAUAUUGAAGAAAGUCAAGAGAAGGUUGGAUAUGGGCACUCCAUAUAUAAUCCUGCAGAAGCGGAAGCUGCUGUUACUCUUGUCGACAUGCUUGCCAAUCAAUUACCUGGAAUCAAGUUUGCGUACAAAAUUGGUGUUAUUACACCAUACAAGCAGCAGCUCAGUCAAUUGAAAUCUCGGUUUGAACGGAGAUUUGGAUCAAAGAUCUUGGAUGUAAUUGAUUUUAACACUGUGGAUGGAUUCCAAGGGCAAGAGAAGGAUAUUAUUAUUUUCUCCUGUGUCCGCGCAGGUUCCUCCCGGAGUAUCGGUUUCCUGGCUGAUGUUCGUCGUAUGAAUGUCGGUCUGACGCGUGCAAAAUGCUCUCUAUUUGUACUGGGCAAUGCACCAGCACUAAUGAGGAGUCAAUACUGGCGUGAUCUGGUUGAGGACGCUUAUAGUCGUAGAGCUUUGAGAGAUGUAAGUUAUCGAAAACGAAACGGUUUCUGA